UGAUCAGAGUGAGGUCGCCGGCGUCUCGUGCGCGCCGGGAUUGCGCUCGUAGGGGGAUGGCGUCGUAUACAAUGCCGACGCUGACUGUGCCUUCGGUGUGCGACGCCUACACGUGCAGCCUCGCUCUAGCGUCUGGUCAGCCCCGGCUCCUGGGCGGCGUCGUGAUAGCAAUCUAACAGGCCGGCGGGGCCAUGUCUGGCAUGAGGGCGUUUGCGCGACGCUCAUGUUUUCGCGUCCGUGGAAGCAGGGCCGCCGUCUGCGUGAGACGAUGCUCAGGGCGUGGAGGAGUCGGCACUCGGGUGCAAGGUUGGCUCAUCUGGAUAGCGCUGCCCAGUUCACGUUCACCCUCGCCCUCGCCGUGGCACGGCUGCAGACGGCGCCCCUCGCCCCCUCGCCCAAAAACGUGGCCAUCCUUGCGGGCCUGCGCACUAGCUCCUGGUGCGCCUAUCGUGCAUUAUUCCUCGCGCGCGCUGGCGCUGCCUGGCGCUGGCCGCCGACAGGCCAGAGCCAGAGCCCGUUCGCUGGAGCUAGACACUCCCAGGAACCCCCCGACCACCACCGCGCCCGUCAAAACUCCUGACCUCUCCUUUCAGGGCCCUCCGUGCAACACCACCCCUCUGCCAGCCCUACCCGCCGCCGCUGCUGAGAUAUAAGCACGCAGCGCCCGCCAUCCCCGUUUGCCGCCCUCUCGCCCCCGAUUCGCCUUUGGACCACCUUUGUCCCCGCACCACCACGCCUGGCCGCCUGCGCAGCCCGUCUCCCGCACCCACUCGCUCCCCCCGCUGAUGCAUCCAUAGCGGGCGACAUUCCUGGAGGCCACAGCCAUUGUAGCUUGCAAUGGGUCAGAGCAACGGGAAGCCGGUCGUCUUCACCGACCAAGGUGCGUAGAGCCUGCCUUUCGCUGGG